UAGUAGGCUAUAUGGCAUGUGAGGAUGCUGCUGGUAGCAGAUCAUCUAUAGCCUUUUCUCACAGCAGCUGGAAUAAUUAAACUUAUUUUGAUGGCGGAUUGUAAUACAGAAAGGUCCAAAUGACAAAUGUCAUCAAAAUCGUUGAUCCAUAUUGGAGGAAGUGGGAGACAUUUGAUUGCUUAUAUCUUCUACGUGCAAAUUUUGUCAUUGUUUCGGAGCACACUAGCUUAUAGAUAACAGUAAGGUGAACAUACACUAAAAGCCAAAAAAACUUCAAUUUUGAUUGAAAAUUUGACUUUAGAUUGACUUUAAUACACAGCUCAUUUGACAUACAGUAUCAGAUCAAACACUCACAGGAGGAUUUUAAAGCAGCAGGCUACUGUAGAAAAAACAUUUAUGAGAAUUGUUGUUAGAUUUCAUUGGUGAUUUAAAAUAUGAAAUUUAUUCAUAAGCUUGGUGAACAACUUUGGAGAAUUUGAUGUUUUCCCAUUCAUAGAGAAGGAGCUGUACUUGCAUGACUGAAAUAGCUGCCCAAAAGGCAUUUCAAAGAUGCCUCCACGGGUGAAAUAUUUUAAUGCACAGCUGGACUUGGAUUAUUCCAUACUUAGUAUCUGACAAAACUUGUUUUCAUGGCACUGUGAUUUAUUCAAACAUAUAUUAAAUAAGACAUCAACAGGUUAAGUAAAAAAUAUGUAAUAUAGUGGAUAUAUGGUAAUAUAUGGAUUAGCAGAAUGCUCCUCUCGACUAGACCCGAAAAUAAAGUGUUACCCAAAAUUCUAUUAUAUAAAAAAUAAUUCACACCUGUAAAAUUUGUAAUAAUGUAAAAUACAGGCUGUUAUGGUGCAGUAAAAAGUAAGCACACUUCAAACACUGCAGUCACUGUAAUAUUUCACUGUAGUCAAAUCUAUUAUAUUAUUAUUAUGUAUAUUUUUUUAUCACAAUUACAGCUAAAUAAUAUUUUAUAGAAUUGUAAAAGUGAAUUGUGUUGAAUUGAUUGAUCCUUUUAUGUGCUGUAUUUAUCAGUUGUCUGAUUACCUGUAGCUGCUAUCAAAUAGCCUUUGAAACCAUGGCAUUAAACUCAAAUACAAUCAGUCACUCACUCACUCACUCACUCACUCACUCACUCACUCACUCACUCCUGUCACUUAGAAUGCUGUUCAGUGAGACAGGGGAACAGCUUCCCAACAUCAAGAAAUAAGUGUUUUAGUAUUCCAUUUUUCUCUCUUUCCCUCAGGCUAAAAAGUGAUGGAGAUAGUUCUUUGUCUUUGCUCAGCCAAAGGAAUAAGGAGGCAGAGCGAGAACUGCAUGACAUGUCAGAGAAACUGUCUCGACGUCUGGAGGAACUUGAUCUGAUGUUGAAGCGUGCUCUGGGUGAGAUCGGAGAGAUGUGUGAGCCAGAAGAGGAAGAUAAACAGUCUCAUCAUAGUGACAGCAUCGUGGAGUGCAGAGGCACUCCUAAAAACAUAGGUUCAUGCCAUGCUAGGGCUCAUACAUUGUUGGACUCCCCUCCACCUGCAGAGCGCUCCUUCCAGCAAGAUACUCUGAUCCGAGACUCAUACAAUACUAAGCAUAGCCAGUUACGGCACAAGAACACCCAGGAGCUUGAAUACUACCAGGCAGUGUGUAGAGAAGCUCCUUCUGUUCCCAGAUCCUGUAUCAAGUCAUCUUGCUCUCGAUCUUCCCAAACCAGACUCCAGCAGACAGCCAGAAGAGAGACACAUUCCUUGAGAGUGAAGGAGAACAAUCUUCUUCCCAUUCUACUGGAUGAGUUUCCACAGGUGCAGCUCUCUCCUCACACUCUGUCCCGCAUGUGGAAACAACAGCUCAGACAGAUUGACCAGCUCAAUUCCUCCAAAAACCAGAGCAGACACACACUGCCUAAACGUUUAAACCAGCUGGACGAAGCUCAGAAAAGACAUGACAUGCUGGUGCAGUUCAUCCGCAAAGAACAGGAACACAAUCGUCGCCUGAGAGAGUUCAGGGAGAGGAUCCAACAGCAGAAGUUUGCUCAGAAUAAGCUACGAGAACAGCGUCAACAGUUUGCUCGUGCUAAAAAAUACUACAGCAUCUAUCACGUCCAGCUACGUUCCAGACUGAUGCAAGCAAAGACACAAGAAGAGCGAAAGCUCAAGCAGAUCUUUGAAGAAGGAUUGGAACUGCAGAAGGCUCAUCUGAGAGAGCAGCGUGCACACAGUAAAGAACUUCUUCAGGAAAACUACCGCAAAUACCAAGAUGAGAUUGAGGCCAUGGAGAACUACUACAGAGGCCAGGUAAAACAGUGUAUAUGGCUCCUCUCAUGAAACCCAUAGCAUGUAUUUGUGUGUGUGUGUUCUUGUAUACUUCGUGUGUCCUCAUAAAACAAAUGGCU